ACUUGAUAUGAACGUUGUUAAAUGUUAAACCACUACAAGAGGGGGAAAGGAAGAACGAAAAUUUGUACUGUAUUCCGCGCAUCUUCCGGUUUACGUCUACGCACUAUAUAUAUAAGUGAGAUCAGGUAAAGACGAAUUGCUACUGAUGUUAAAGUGUUUACAAUUAUCCCUAACACAGACAAAGUUCGUCUCACGUGCAUCUGUGGGAGAAUCGUCUGCGUGACUAACAGCAUCGUUCCAAGAACUUACGAUUGGAACCACUAUUGGUCAAAAAUGGGGGAGAAAGCAACCUAUCACGUUCGACUAGUUGUAUUUGGUGGAGGAGGCGUUGGAAAAUCUGCUAUUCUUAAACGAUUUCUACUCAACACCUUCAGCGAAAAACAUUCUCCAACUGUAGAAGAUCUGCAUUACAGGGAGUUCGAUUUGGGGACUUUCAUCUUGAAAGUGGAUUUUCUGGAUACGGCGGGGGACAACCAAUUUCCUGCUAUGCGACGACUUUCCAUCGCUAAUGCCCAAGCAUUCCUGUUAGUUUACAGUGUCAAUAGUAAUGGCUCUUUUGAAGAGCUGAAGAAAUGUUUUGGGGAAAUUCGAGAGCAGCGAAGCGAUUUCCCAGAAAUCCCUUUAAUCAUCGUUGGGAAUAAAUUGGAUCUGGCAGCAGGAAGAAGAGAAAUUCUUAAAGAAGAUGUCGCCGAGUGGAUUUUUUGUGAAAUGUCUCACAUGCGGGUCAAAGUAAUGGAAUGCUCCGCUAGGGACAAUAUUAACGUUCGGGAGGUAUUCAAGGCAUUUCUACAACUUUCCAAAAUCUCAUUUCCAGCAGAUACCACAGCUUUGCACCGACGAUCCAGCGCUCAUGCUUCUGGAAGUAGCAAAUCCCGGUCAUCAGAAGAAAGUUCGGUUCAACGGCGCAGCCGCAGUCUCAUUCGACGAGUUAGUAAGAAAAUGACGAAAUUCCGAGACAGUUCCCAUAGCGACACAGAAACAAAUGAAUGUAUUACAUCAUGAAUUUUUAAGAUUCUGGGCUUGGAAUUAAACAAAUACGCCCAACUACUCCAUGUAUAAUGCGAAAUUUAUUUGAGAUGUCGCUUUUCACGAAGUAGCCUGUUUUUAUGAAUUAAUGGUUUUUAUGGCCGUAUUCAAGACAAUAUGAUUUCAUUGAAUUUUAGUAAAAGAGCAUUUUUGGUUUUUUGCAAGAGUUUUGACGUUAUCUUUAUCACUUUUCCUAUAAUUUUGCCAUCUUUAUUAUUUUCUCUUUUCUUAUUGUCUUUUUGUUGUUGUUUUCUUCUGUUUUGACCCCUAAGAUCGAGCUUUAUUAGCUUUAGGGACCAUUAACAAAUUACUUGAUUCUGUAAGAUUUUUAAAAUAAUGAUAUCAGUAUUGAUUACUGGAUGUUAGAAUAUAAAGCACUUUUAAUCUUCCUAUCGCA